UACCAACGGCAACAGACGAGGAGCAGCUGAUGGACGGUCAGCGUUAGUUUGAGUUGAUUUCAUCCAGUUUAUCCGAGUUUUGUGACUAAAAAAACAAGUGAGAAGUUAAAGUCAAAGAAGUUACAGAUGGAUUCAGGCAAAGUCAUGCACAGAAGAAAACCGGACAUUCCUGUAAUCAGACCGAGAGUAUCAGAUGAAAAUCAUCAUGUUCAGCAGGUCAGUGCUAAAAGUCUUGAACUGAGUAAGGUGAUUCGUCUUCUUGAGGAUCCUUUGACAGCUAAUUUAAAGGAGAGGCACCUUUUCGUCCUGAAGAAACUCCUGAAGAGAAGCCAAAUUGGCUUUCUUUUGAAGGAGCUGACGUGCAUCGCCAAAAUACUCGACAUCUGCGCAGAGAAAGUGAACAAUCACCCUGAAUAUGUGCCCAUCCUGUGUGAGGCGCUUCAAAUUUGUAGGCUUCCAUUCCUGAAGGAGAAAACAUCCGAUGAGCUGCACUACGCCCAGGACGUCACAGAGUUCCUCUCUCACAUGGGGUGUCUGAUGAGGGUGUCAGACGCCGACGUGAGGCAGCAGAUAGUUGAGUCUGUGAAAUCGUUCUACAGCUGUGUGGCUCCUAAACAGCUGCUCGACGGUACGGGCCGCGUCUCCAAGACAAAGCCUCGGACUUUCCACUCUGCCAACCGAUUUUCUAGACUUUCACUGAGGCUCCAGCCAACCUCUCCAGGCUACAGGCUGCAGCUGCUGGAGCGCAGUGACCUGGCCCAGACGCUGCUCCUCUCCAUGGCCGCUCUGGAGAACCAGCCCUCCAUCAAGCUGCAGCUCCUGCAGACACUUCAGAUCCUCUCCAGCUCCUCCGAUAUGAACUGUGUGCUCAUGCUGAACGCACGAGGAGCCGAGACGAUCUGUCUCCACAUGAACGAACCCGACCCGUCCGGUCAGGUCCUGCUCCGCUCCUCCGAGAUCCUCUGGAACCUUCUGGAGAGAGGCCGCAAGGCGGAGGUCAUGGCUCAGCUCAGCAACGUGGAGUGUGUCACAUCUCUGAAAGAAGCGUUUUUUAACCAGCUGAACGGUUGCCAACAAUCUGACCUCCGACUCGUGAACGAUCUGCUCGUGAUCACGACUCUUAUUGCUGAAAAUCCCAACUCCCUGCUUAUUGAGAGUUCAUUUGCCAAACAGCUUGUUGUUCUCGUCGCACUUCCAGACGUGAAAGGUCACAACCCUUUGGCGCGCAACUUCAGUAAUGAAGAGCUGAAAAUGAAGAAGCUGCUGUUGAAUCUGUUGGUUUUGUUGUCAAAGGACGUCGCUGCCCUGCAGCUUUACAAAGAAGAAAAAGUUAUGGGCGCCCUGCUGAUUCUCACAAAGCCGCCCGCCGCCUCGUCCGAACGCCGCUCGGGUUCACGUCACUGGUCCUCCGUCCAGCAGGAGGAGCUGCAGCUGCAGGCGCUGGCUACCCUGGCCACCGUCGCCCCGCUCAUGUUGGAGGACUUCAUGUCCUGUCAGGGGAACUCGUUCCUGCUGCUCCUGCUGGACUGGUGCAUCAAACAAGAUGCUCACUUUGCUCACAGCGUUCACGGCGUUGGAGGAAGAGGCGGUAAAAAGGCUCAGCUGCAGCUUUGUGUCAGAGUGAUGAGAUCUGUGACGUCCUCAGGCGAAGACUCAGUCUGCCAGAGUCUUUGCGAACAAGGAAUCAUCAGUCAGCUGUUGGCGAUUUUGAUGCAGAUGGAAGCGAGUCCUGAUGACGAGGACGCGGUCGCCCUGGAGAUAAAGUCAGAUAUUCAGCUGAUACUUUCAGUGCUGUGCGAGAGCGACAUGCACAGAAAGGAGCUGUUUGGAUCAGAGGGAGUCGAGAUGGCGGUUCACUUCCUGAGGAAAGGCUCAAACAAGUUCUACAGCGGUCUGGGACACAACAAGCUCAUCCUCUCCACGGUGGACUGUGUGUGGUCCUGUAUCGUUGGCUGCUACACCACAGAGGACUACUUUCUGGCUAAAGAGGGAGCGUUUCUUCUGCUGGACUUACUCAGUUCGAGCCCCAGGUGCGUACACUACAACAUCCUCGCCACGCUGCUGGAGUUAUGUGACAACACGAACACUGUGUCUCACAUCCUGAGCUGGAGGGACGACGGCGGCCGGACGGCUCCCAGUCUGCUGCUGCAGCUGUGGAGGGACGAAGAAGAGGAGCUGAUGGUCAGCCGCAACCAACACGGAGGCAUCACAGAUCCCCAGAGGCCGAUCUUCAGUCUGCACCGGCAGGACGACACCCAGCUGUCAUUUCCCACUAACGUACCGAGUGUAGCAGUGCUGGAGUUAUCAGAGAACCUGCGGUCAAAGAUUUACUCCAUCUUCUGCAAACUUGGUUUUCAAGAACUUCCCGGAUUGUCAACAAAACAUCAUGUGACUUUGAGCAUCGUCAGGAGAUAUCUGGACUUCAAGGUCGGUGAGGUGUGGGAAGAGAUCAACAGGGAGCUGAGUCUGGACGGCGUGAGGCCGAUCACCCCUGACGAGGAGGCUCUGAGCGUCAUCUGUAAGAUCGCAGAGGACACGGCGAGGAGAGUGACGGCAGAACAGAACAGCAUCCUGGAGCGGCAGGAGAAGGAGGACAUCGGCGAGGAGGAGCUCAUGUACACAGAGAUUAAGUCUCACUGGAAGCAACAGGAGCUCAGGGCCAAGUCGUGGGAGAAUUACCUUUCGAAGACGUCCAACUACGAGAUCCUGAAGGAGGUAAAAGCACAGAGGGAGAAAUACAUCGAAUCAUCCAGACCCAAACCGAAGCAUGAGGAUGCUGCGGUUCAUCCUACAGAGCAUUUCAUCGGUCAGGUCGUGUCCGUAGAGAGCACAGACGCUCCGGGACCCGCGGGAGUGAAACUGACGUUGGCCAGAGCUGCGAUCAAGACUGCAGGUCAGGACGUCGACGGACCGACGACACAGGACCGCGAAUACUUCAGCACGGUGUCUGUCAAAGACUGACGACAGCAAAGAAACCAAACAGAGAAUAAACUGUACAGACCAAACUCUGCUGCACAUUAACAUUCAUUCAUUCAUUCAUUCAUUCAUUCAUUCAGCAUCUGUAGAGACUGAAAUGUUUUAUUCGACUUUGGCAGACAUGAAGUCAUCGUGUGCACAAUCAGCACCUUGUAGUCCGGUCCACCUCCUGGUCCUCUGACAUAGACAAACGCACAGUGUAGUGAACUGACAGGCCUUUGUGGGCUAAUGUGUCUUAUUUCAGCAGAGUACAGCUGUUUAAAAUGGAUGUAUAUAAUUAAAUAAAACAACAUUCAGAUCAUUAAACCUUUAAUUAGACUGUUUCUAUUCUUCUUUAUUUGUUCAUGUAACCAGCAGAACGCUGUGGAAACUAAAGGCCUUACGUAACAUCUAAAUAACAAACACGAAGCGAGCUGCAGGCUGCAGAUCGUCGCUGUCUGCCACCCUGCAGGUUCACGCAGGACACUUGUUAAAAAGAACUUACAUAAGUCACUGCAGCGCAUUAACACACAUGUUAACUCAAGUGUGCAACAUGCUGCACAGAGCCGCCUCUCCUCCUCUUUGCUCUCGUCCUCAUUUACUGGCUGGAUGACCAAAUCAUCUCUGACAGGCUGAAGCUUUUCAUGCGGCUCUGUCAGACCCGGGACGUUCACGCCGCACAAAAGAACCGGGACACGCCGGAGUCUGUUCAGUGUACGACGGGCUGCUGCUGUUUGCUCAGGCUGCUGAGAGGCUUCACAUGCUGAGCUGCUGAUGAAGGAAGGUCUCUGUAUCCGUCUCCGUCUCUGUCUCUGUUGUUGUUGUUGGCUUGUCUGAGAAGCUCCAGCAGCAGAAAUGAUCAUCAGGCUGGGAAGACUGACACCAGGAUACUUUCGUCUCCUUCAGAGGCAGGUCUCAGGUGAGGUCCGGAUGCAGCCACAGAGCAGUUUCAUCGACCCCAUCGCCAUGACGAUGGCCACGGUGGGGAUGGGUUUGUCUCUGUACAGCGCCAGGCAGAUGGCAGACAGAGUCCACCUGAAACAUUCGAACGCCUGAGAUCAGGGCGAGAAAGAGACUCUGUUGUUGGUACGUCAGAGGAGGUUUGUGAUGGAGGACGAGGCUGAGAGAGAGUUAACGUGUUUGUGUGGCGUCGCUUUGAAGGAAAAUGAGAGUGUCCCGAGAGGAAGAUAUGAGUCACUGUUCAGUCCCUGCAGGAAGACGUGUCAUCAACGCUUCCUUUGUAACCACACCAUUUUGAAGUAAACACAGUGAGUGAGCCUGUAGUUUGACCACUCUGUAAGAGGACUGCACAUUUAUUAAUCAUAAUAACUUUAUUUAUACGGCACCUUUAAAACAGAGUGCAGGAUACACUAACAGAGAGAGCCACACAAAACCAGACAAAUGAAGAUUUAAGACUUCCAGAUAUACAGCGAUUGUAUUUUAAUGAGCAUAUCUGUCAACGAGGAUCUCAGGAUUAUAAUUUAACCUGCAGCCAUUAUUAUUCCCUGCAUCAAAAAGUCACGUUUAAUAAAAAAUAA